UUACAUUAUACAGAUAAACGUAACCAAGAAUCCAUCUGACAAGUGCAGAGACUUCGAAUUUGGGUGUCAGUCUCAUUUAACGAGAUUUUUUGCGUAAUUGAAUCAUUGAAUGGAAAAACCAAAACGUCAGUAUAAUGUUUCCCGCGUACGCGAACCUCUCGGCAUAUGAUCGUCACAAGAAGUUGAUGAACGAUUAUUUUUUAACGAGAAAAGGUUCAGCCAUAACCUUAAAACGGGACACGUCGCGGGACAAAACAGACGCCGAUGUUAUUCGGGAUCAGCACAGAUUUUUAUGGGACAGCGAAGAAAACGACGUACCUGAUUCAUGGGAAACUAGACUGGCCAAAAAGUACUAUGACAAAUUGUUCAAGGAGUACUGCAUAUCCGAUUUAACCUACUACAAAAAGAACAAGGUUGCUCUCCGAUGGAGAACAGAGAACGAAGUCGUUGUAGGCAAGGGUCAGUUUCAGUGUGGAAACAAGAGGUGUGUAGAAAAGAAUGAACUCAAAACUUGGGAAGUAAAUUUCGGUUAUAUCGAGCAUGGAGAAAAGAAAAAUGCGCUUGUCAAAUUGAGACUUUGUCCGGAAUGUUCGCUCAAGUUGAAUCAUCAUAGUAAAAAACGGGAAGUGAAAAGAAGAAAGUCUGUAAAACGAUUAGAAAAAACUGUCGGGGUUCAAGAUGUUUCAUCGACGUCUACCACUGUGGUAAGGGAUGUAGUUGAAGUUAAAGUUGAAAAGGAAGAUCAAGCCGAAAAUAAAAAGGAAGAAGAAACCGUUGAGGAAUCGCAAAUUUGGAAGGACAAGCCCAUAGAUAGCAAUGAAAAAUCAAGGGAGGAAGAAUUCCAAGAGUAUUUCGACGAACUGUUCAUGUAAAAUAGAUAACACCGUAGUAAAUAACAAAAAUACACUCUUAUUUCACAGAACAAUUGUACUGUGUACUUAUUACACUGUCUAACAAAAAAGGAUUUCAUUUUACCAUCACAGUCAGGAGCGAUUGUUUCAUGAUCGGUCAGUUUUUGGAUUGCAAUUUAAACUUACAGGAUAUAAUUUGUCUAGUUUCUGACAACAAGUUAGUACAACAUAUCGUGUGUUUCAUCACUAGCUAUAUUUAAUUCCAUGUCAUACCGUUCCAGGAUUCGAAAAUUACUAGCCCGUUGAGAGUAUAAGAUAAAUUUUAUUUAUAAAAAAUUCAUAACAACGUGGUACGUUCAAUUUCUUUUAAAUAGCGCUAGAUUCUAUCUACCUGUAUGUUUAUACGUAUGCAAACAUUGUGAUUCUGGAUUUUCUACGUAUACCCCUAUGUAUAGUUCAAAUAUUUCGUGAAAAAACUAAGCUAUGUAUCUCACUUUGGAUACCGACUUUCAUUACACUGUGCUUUCCAAUUUUUUGACAUUUUUCUCCUAUUUCAGUAUUGAUUUGGUUAGUAAAAACUACUUUAGCAGCAUGCAAGCACUAUUAUUGCAGAUUUCUUUUCCCCUACCUUCCAAGUUAUUAUGUAUUACGAUGAUUACUAUAGUAUUGACUGA